AUGACAAUCGCUGACAAAACACUUAAUCGUGCACUCACCUAUGCUAAAACACAUUACCUUUGUUGCAAAAUAUGCACUGGAUGGUUUUUCUGCGUGGGCCUACUCUCAAUAAUUGCGGGGAGCGUGCUGGCUGUCCUAUUCAGAAAUCGCACAAAGUGUAGUCGCGUCAUCUUCCCUGAUGGCAAUUUGGAACACCUUCACAAAGAGGAUCUGACAGACAUUAACGAAAACGAAGUCAUGUACGUCCACCAAUAUCCUGAAUUGGAGAAUAAUACAUUUUUUAUUUUAUUUAAAGGUGUUUAAUUUUCCUAUAUGCCGAGACGUAGUCAGGUGUUUGAAUGUAUAGUAGGUGUGUUAACUCAUGCAAUGUAAGCCGAAAUUCUGAAAUUUGUUUUCGACUUUAAAACAUCACUAAGACAUGGUUUUUAUAUAGAUCCCCGUGCAACAUAAUCUUAAAAGAUGUCAGCUUUCGAACAAGCCUCUUUUCCACCGCCUGAAAAAUCUGUACUCGGUUAAAAAUGACAACUUAAAUAGUAUGCAUUUUUCACAUAUAUUUUAAAUGACGUUAAAAAUUCUAAAUAAAUUUUAUAAAAAAUAGGCAUAAAAAUGUUUGAUCAUUUACUUAUCCAGAAAACAACUACGUCUUCUUUAAAUUGUAUCCUUGAAAACACAUUUCACAAUUUCGACUAAAAUUUCAUGAAUUAGAACAUCUACUCUGACAGCAAUAAACAGAAGGCAACUUGGAAUGACCACUUCUGGUACAUUUGUUUACAUCUGCUGCUCAUAGCUCCUCCUCCCCCCAAUCCUGAUAGCGCUGAUAUUAUAGACCGGCAAAUUUUUCAACAGGUGUCAUUUAAGCAACCUGGGUGGAGAAUCUUGAGUUUUAAUGUGUUAUUCUUAGCAACUUUAUAUGCCAGCAUGCAGUUGGACCGUUUUUAAUAAACUCCUAAGUACACUACUGCAGCCUCGUAUACAGUCGACAGUGGGAAAAUGCAUCUUUUCAAAAUGAUCAUAUUGGCAUGGCAACUAUGACCGAUAACUGUUUUUUGUCCAGGAUUUUCACCUGUGGACUGGUUCUCCUGGCAGUUGGUAUUGCGUUUAAUCUGAUUGGAAGCAUCUGUGCUGCCUGCGUCUGUUGUGGACGCAAAACAAAUAAACGAAAGAACUUCCAACCACCACCACCACCGCGCAUACAGGUGAGCCACAUUGUUUGUAUUUUAUUUUAGUAGAAUGAGGGUCCUUUUUCAAAUUAGAACACAUUGGGGUAUUUUUGCCUGCAGAAUAUGAAUUUAAUGUCUUAAACUACUUCUGCAUGUAUUUUGCGAAUUCUUUCCAACUAUUACUGUCUAAGAAGAUAAUCACUGUGUUGGAAAAGUAGCGUUCUCAGUAGCUGCCAAUUGGCUGCAUAUCCAAAACUUGUUUUUAUUACGCAUUAGAAUAGUCGUCCAGAGAUCAGGGACCUCGGCUUGUGGGACUACACAGUUUAUCUGGCUGUGUGAAAGCUCGGAUGCCAUGACCCGUCUUAACUGUCCAAAUAUAUAUAGGUAUAUGAAUGUGCCGUUUUUUGGUGUGCUGUUUUAAUUUUGCUGAAAGGUAAAUUGCAAGAAAUAGUUAAGAAGAAUGCAAUUUGAUCGCGGGAACAAGAUCUUUCACGCAGUGUUUUGAAAUGUAAUGUAUUCUGUUUUAAAUUUUAUCGAAAAAUAGAUUUCCUACUGCGCACUAGGUAUUUUUUGCCUGAACAAUGUAAAUUAAGUGUGCGUUUAAAACGCGUUCUUCGGACAUUUAAAAGCAAAAGCUUAAUAGCAACAGCCGUUGGCAACGUGGCUGUGCUUGGACGCCUGUUUGGAUGGCAUAGUAGCACUUGUUUCGGUUGACGGCACCUACUUGGCGGCUUGUAUUUUUGUAAGAAACAUUCGACCCAAGUAGUUGACAGCUCCAAUAUGUACACUAAAAUACCGUGUGAUUGAAAACAUUACUUGCUAUUCACGGUUCCCACUGGUUGGAUCUCCCUUCCCUUGCUGCAUAAAUGCACACUUAUCAGUGACAAUUUCUUCGUCGUGCGUUAUUUUUUGAAAAUUUCUUUUUGUUUUUAUAAAUCUUUGGGCUCACUUAGGUCCCCGAUAUUGGUACUAUCAGACCGGGUAUAGAUAUUUGACCCCACCUCCACCUCGUCCGUUCCGUUUGCUCUAGGCGAACUCGGCUGUUGACGGGCAGACAAGGUGGAAUAAAAGUAAAGCCUAGUUUGCAUUUUCUCACUCUAUGCCGUCCAUCGUAAAACGAACUGGAGCUAAACUGUCAGACUAAGUCCUGUCUGUCAAACAUGGUUGAUCUCUUAGCAUCAGAGAUUUUUAAAGACAUCGUGGAAUACCGCAGCAGGAACGAGGAUAUAGUGAGGAUGCUGUUUUCGUUAGUAAUGCGCGGGCGUCAAAUUAGUCAGGCCUUUUUGACGCCUUUGAGCUAAUUGCCUGAGGCAUAUUUUAAUUGGGCCUGCAUUUAUAGCGCUUCAAGUUAAUACUCAUAUUACUAUUGACUAAGAUUGUGCUCCAUUAUUAUAGUUGGUCCCUGAACCUGCCUAACCCGUAUCCUGUUUCGGAGGCCUUACCAGUUCUAGGAAUAUUCACCUUCUACAAUUUAUUUCCGCUCUGAAAACUUGAAGGAACUUUUACCUGGAAUAAUUGGUCAUUUGGAACCAAUAAUUAAAAGUUUUGGCAGGGCUUCAAAGGCACAACAGUCGACCGUUAAGAUCUUAUUUUGUUGUACGGUUUGACUACCUCACAUUAUUCUUGCAACAAACGAAAUUCAGCGUUACUCUACUUCUGUAUAACAGACAUUUUAGCCGACUCGCAUUUGCCAUCUGUAAGCAAAUAUAAUUGUUCUCUUAGUGAUGGUAGGGUGUAGGACCCCAAGUAGCUGGCAACUCCAACAUGUGCGCACACAAACAUUCUGUGUGACUGCAAAUAUCACUCACCAUUUGCCGUCCCUACUGGCUGACAUUUCCUGUGAGAUUAUAUUCCAAAAUUGCUCGUCAAUGACGCUGUUAUCCCGUGAGAGCUCUAAGAAUGAGAUGCUUGGGCGGUAACGGUAGGGUGCAGGACCCCACGUAGCUGGCAACUCCGACAUGUACACUAAAAUUCCGUCUGAGUUUAAUCAUCAUUUAUUAUACAUUGUUCCCAUUGGUUGAAACUUCCUUGGCCUCCUGACUGAAUGAAAACAUUCCAGCGGCGGGUUAUUCGAAGUCCAAUGUUCCUGAAAAUUGCUUUUUUGAAUCAUCCACCCCUUUUCUUUGCCAUUGUAUCGCCCAAAAUAAGAUUUAUUGGCGAAAUGUACUUAUUUUUUGUCUUCUUGCCCUCCGCUUGCUCUUCGACCUGCGUGUAACCAAACACGUAAAUCCCCACCACCACCAUCUAACGUAGAAAACGACCCAAAUUCGGCCUCACUUUAAUGAGGCUACUGCAUUUACUGCUGUUCAAUAUGUAAACAUCAUUCCAAGAAAAUGAAGGCAAAAUCACUGCAGUUAUUAUAGUGUAAUAGUUUAUGAAAAACGCAGCAGCAAUCUGCGUACAAUUCAUUUCAUGUAUAGCGAAAUUAACCACCUGACUAUUCUGCGUCACAUUUGUUCUUCGAGUACAUUUCCUUGCCAAGUGCUCAUCUGAACGUUAAGUAAUUUAGGUCGGAGAAAUGUACUCCAUAAGAAUUACUAGUCAGAAAAUCACUGUAGAUUUGCUUUCGCGAAUUGGCAAACAUGUGCGUACAGUGAGUGACUGAUCUCAUGGAAUAAUGGCUAAAAUACUUAAAUGCGAUUUCAGUGAAGAAGGAUACCUUAGGCGAGAGUUUACUAUUUAUUAGCUUCCGGCAUAAUCCUAUGAUAUUUCGGACUUGGCAGGAUGUCAGCUUUUGAAGAGACUGCCUUCUAAACUCCUGUAAAUACCUUGCUCAGUAAACGAUGACUACUUAUGUAUCGUGUAUUUUUCUCAUUGGUUUCUGAUGGUUUUGCAAAUAUAAAUACAUCUUACAGAAACCAGAAAUCAAAAAUUGGCUUUCUUUCAGUCGUUUGAUAGAAAAUAGCGUUAUUCUUAUUUUUUCCUGGAUGACGAUUGGGUAUAAAUAGGUUUUAAAAAGUGCCUACCUGUGGGAUUUUCAAGACCAUCAAUGUCCAUUGACUUAGCUUCGUACCUGUCAGUCUACCACUGCUUCUCAUGAAACAUACGAUAUAGUCCACAUCCAUUGCAAAACUUAAUGGACUCUAUAUGGUAUAUUUUUAAAGGAAUACAAAAAUAUGUGAGAUUUUUUCGCAGAACGCAUGCACCUUGUAGAAUGAAAUCACUAGGCGGUAAUGCAACGAACGAUCAGGCUACAAAUUAUUCGGAAGUUAAAAAACUCGCUUGAACUCUUAGUAUAUUUCUUCAUUUAUAAAAUGUCUGGAUAACGUUGUUACAUAUCAAAUGACUAAAAGAAAGCCUAUUUUCGUUUAUGGCUUUUUUAAGAUGUAUUUGAAUUUGCAAGACCAUAAAAAACCAAUAAGUAAAAUGCACGCUACAUAAGUAGCCAUUUUUAGCAAGUACGGCUUCUACGGGAGAUUGAAAAGCAGUGUAUGCAAAAGCUGACAUCCUGCCGAGUCAGAAAUACUAUAGGAUUAUGCCGCAAGAUAAUCAGCAUUACAACAGCACCUAAGUAAUCCUCCCUAAUCGCAAACGCAUUUUAAAAUUUUGGUCAAAAUUGCAUGAGGUCGGUCACUCACUGUAUACUUAGUGAGGAUAUUGUUGCAAGAAUCUCAAAAGUCUAGUCAGACAAACAUAUGCUUCUAGAUCUGUACAGUGAUAUAAGGUAAGACAGCAUAGUGGGCGUUAAACAGCUAAUAAACAUCAGCAUUGAGGGAGAUGGCUGAGGGGCGUUCAGAGGUCAGGACUCAGAUUUCAGUUCUGUCGGAGGUUUAGGGAGCGGAAGGAAAAGGGUGUCUGACGAUUACCUGCGGCUCACUUGGUUUACAGCAGCCAACGGGUAGACUUCAACCAAGCAUUCCGAAUCAUCUACAAAGUAUCGACGAGAUACCAAAAGUUCCCGCGUCAGCGGAUACUUGCGAGAGCAUAGGCAGUGGCCAUACGAUUAACCAACCAAACCGUGCGCUCGCAUAAAGCGUUUGUACAAGCGCAAAACCCCCCUCUGGGUAAAAACAAACCCAGCAUGUGUAUUCAUCCCCGCCAUGCCGAGUAACGGCGAUGAAACUGGGCCAGCUAAUGGCCAGACACCUUACCACUCGGCCUUUUUAAGCCCCAGACAGAACUACAAUCUGACCUCUGAACGCCGCUCAACUCUCUUUAACAUACUGGCUUUUAUGAGCUAUUUAGCCUCUGCUAUUCCGCUCGCCCUUAUAUCAUUGUACAGACCUGAUGGCGAAUAGUUUAAAAUAUACUUCUUAACGGUGUGUAUAUUUGUAAGGCAGCGUAAAUAAACAAAUCGGAACCGAGAGGACAACGGGCCUGGGGCUCAAUGGUUAGGGCUUCGCACUUUGAAACAACAGAACGCGGGUUCGUGUCCCACGGAUUGCAUGAUAGCGAGGUUUUGCAUGGCUGGCUGAUGGUGGCUAACCAGCCAGAAAUGUGCACUCCAGCCUUUCUUGUCGAUAAUCUAGAAGAGUAUUUGGCGAGCAUUCGCAGGCUUUAGAUAAACUCUCAAUGGGCUAACUCUUUAAAUCUCAACUGAAAUUCCGAAAUGCGUUUUCGUUUCAAAAAGAUUAAUGAUGUAGAAUUGUAAAUAUAAUUGCCAUGCACGCUAACUCGAUAAACUUUCAGUUACCUCUGGACGUCCGCUUUUGAACUUACCUCCUUCCGGCUACAUCUUAAACCCUACCUUGUAAAAAAUUGCUACUUAAUUCACAUGCAUUUACUUUAUUGAUUUUCGAUGCCCUUCAAGAUUCAAUGAUAUUUAAUGGAAAACAUGCAUAAAACUUUUCAUUCUUUUGCUCAUUCAGUAGAAAAUAACAUUUCAUUGUCUUAUUCAGUAUAUGUCUCACAUCUAUCUACCUUAGGGUUAUCUUAAAUUGUAAGCUUAACCUACAUGAGGUUUACAUUUCUCUGAAAGUGUGUUUUAUGUUGAUAAUUCACUGGCUCAAUGAUUUUUGAAGUUCACCUAUUUUAUCGUUAAAAAAUUACGAACUGUGAUCUGGCCAGUGUCCAUACAUACACAGCAACGUCAUGCUAGACAACACUUUGGAGAAGGACCUGUAUAACUUGAUCUCAUAAAAUCUGAUAAAACUGAGACCAAUCAAAUCUACUUCUUCUAGUUUUUGAUCCACUUGACCUAAAGUUACCAGUGUGACUGAAUAAUACCUAUCUGCCGUUUGUAGUCAAUUGGCUAUAGCAUUUGUCAGAUCAAAGAAGCCAGUCCAAAACGCGAAUUAAAAAUAGCGUUUUUAUAGAAAACAUCGUAUGGGAUCUUUUGGAAUAUUUCGGCGAAGUGUGUCAGCUAAAGGGGCUGCAUCUGCACCUGGCACUAACAUCUCAAAUCUUCCAAACCCGAUUUCUAAUUUAUGGCAUGCCCAAUUUCAAAAAAGGCCGUGUUAUCGGUGUCUUGACAGUAUGUGAGAAUUCUCCUAAAUAUCUUAAGGCUUUGAAUAAGUGAAGACAAAUAGGCGUUCACUCACUUCAAAUUAACGUGGUUACUUUUAAGAUUGUAAGAAUUCACCAUUUGUUCGAUUGUCGGAAACUUGUUGAGUAACGACCUUCAACGAAGAACCGAGAACCCUCGAAACCUGAUGUUAAUCAUUUGCCGUCUUUUAGACCUUCUCAUAAAAGUGUAUUUUUUUGGUUUUACACUUACUUAUUUUCGUCGUUUGUUCUUCAUUUCUAUCUAGCUGCCUGUGAUUAAACCAAUCAACGUCUCUUCUGCCUAUGAGGAAGAACAUCCAUCGCCCCCUCUUCAGAAACCCCCAUCUUAUGAUGAAACUUUGCAGACGUCCAACCUAUCCACUGCGGGACACGCUGAUACUACUGCACCUUCCGCUCCAGCAACGGAUCAUCUACCAUUAAAGAGCUAG